AUGCCAACACCCAGAGUAGUGGCCCCAACACUUGUAGACAAAGAGCUAGCGAGACUUACAGCUACACCGCUGUCUCCAGAAAUCGAGAGUACACCACUCCCUGCCAGAUUCCACCAACCUAAGUUUACGUUGUACGACGGCAGGACGGACCCGUACAUGCACGUGAGUCAUUACCGGCAAGUAAUGGCUGCGCACCGGCGCAAUGACGCCCUGAUGUGCCUCAUAUUCCCAGCAAGUUUAGGAGAGUUGGGCCUGAAAUGGUUCGAAAGGCUUCCAGAGGAGAGUAUCGAGGGAUGGCAGCAACUAGCGAAAGCCUUCGUCACCAGAUUCAAAACCAACACUCGAACGUCAAAGAAGGUCAACCAUUUCCUAGGCGUCAAGAUAGAGUCUGGAGGUUCGCUGAAGGCGUACAAUGCGAAGUACUGGAAAAGUUACAACGAGAUCCUCGACUGCCCUACCAAUCUGGCCAUUACUCAAUACAAGCGUGGUCUCCCAGUCAGACAUAGGCUGCGAGAUUCGUUUACGAUGCACCAACCCGCAACCAUGGAGUCCUUAAUGCAACGAAUCAACGAACACAUCUGUGGGGAGGAUGAUGUCGCUUCCGCAACCGAGAAGGCUAAUCCGGUCGCGGCAGACAAAAGAAUGGCGGGAAAGGUUCACUCGGUGGGGUAG